AUGUCUUUCAAGGCUCUUCUCGCUACUUCCGCCAUCUUUGCUGCCCAGCUUGUCUCGGGUCACAGCGUCAUCACCAACGCUGUCGGCGACGCUGGUGGCCAGGGCAUGGCUCUGGGUGUUGACACCAGCACUCCUCGAGAUGGAACCCGUCGAAACCCUUUCCAGCAGGAUGCCACUCGUUUCCGAGGUCAGGCCGCAAAGACUGUGGGUGAGACGGUUGGUGCCGGUGACAACAAUGUCGAAUCUGGUACGAAGGCUAUCAUGGCCGAGAUGGGCGGCCAACUUCCCCAGGUCUCUCAAGGUGGCAACGUCCAGAUGACUCUGCACCAGGUCAACGGCGAUGGUGCCGGCCCCUACACCUGCAUGAUUAACUCGGAUGGCACUGCCCAGUCCUGGCAGAACAUCCAAGUUACCCAAAACGUUGAGGGGAACCGUGGCCGUAACAAUGCUGGCGCUAAAACCGAUCAUCCUCUUACCGCCGCUAUUCCCGCCAACCAGCAGUGCACCGGUCAGGUUGCUGGCCAGGACAACGUCUGCUUGGUUCGUUGCCAGAACCCUGCUCGGGCUGGUCCUUUCGGUGGUAUUGUUCCUGUUCAAAUGGUUGGCGGUAACAAUGGAACGACACCAAACGGCGCCAACAAUGCCGGCAACAACAACGCUGGAAACAACGGUAACAACAACGGUAACAACAACGCUGGAAACAACGGCAACAACAACGCUGGUAACAACGGCAACAACAACGCUGGUAACAACGGCAACAAUGGUAAUGCUGGAAACAACGGCAACAACAACGCUGGUAACAACGGCAACAAUGGUAAUGGCAACAACAACGCUGGUAACAACGGCAACAAUGGUAAUGCUGGAAACAACGGCAACAACAACGCUGGUAACAACGGCAACAAUGGUAAUGCUGGUAACAACGGCAACAAAAACGCUGGAAACAACGGCAACAAUGGUAAUGCUGGAAACAACGGCAACGCUAAAAAUGGCAACAACAACAACAAGCGUGACAUGGACGUCGGCGCCUUUGUCAAGCGUAUCGACAGCGAGACCCGCGCCAUCGAGUUCACAGCCUAA